GCGAAGAAUGCUGAUGGCCUUGGGUCAGGUGCGGCGGGGGCGCUGGGACGAACGAUUUCACCUUUUGCCACAUCUCGGCGAAGAAUCAAUUAAUCCAACCAAGAUGCAGAGGGAAACGGCGCCGGCGAAAGGCACGGUGACGGUGAAGGUGGGGGAGGAGCAGCGGCGGUUCGCGGUGCCGGUGAAGCACCUGAGCCACCCUCUGUUCGCGGAGCUCCUGGAGGAGGCCGCGGCAGAGUACGGCUUCCACCACUCCGGCGCCGUCCUCAUCCCCUGCACCGUCGAACACUUCUGCCAUGUCCGGCACGAGAUCGAGCGAGACCUCGCCGCACUCCGCCGCCACCACCACCACUUCCAGUUCAUUGUGCCCAUUUGGAAGUAAAGCCGGCGACUAGUUUUAAUGUUGUUGGCUUCUUUAAUUUCUUUUUCUUUUCUUCUUUUCAUCUUGAUAUCU